UAUAGCAUAUGCUGCAUAUAAUGUUAUCAUUAGAAACCGAAUGCAUUAAACAUACCAAGCAAUCCCUUCAGAUUUUCAAACAGCCGCUGGCUAGCUCCGGCCUGGUUGUUCUCCCAAGCUCUAAACUCUAAACUCUAAACUCCGUCCGGCGAGUAGAUAUUGAAACUAAGAAAUCAGGAUGGAGUCGCACGUGCAGAGCGGUAAAAAGAGGUCGUGGACGGACGAGAAGCACGUGCAGUUCUUGAACAGCAUGGAGGCAUCGUUUGUGCGCGCCAUGUUUGAGAAGAAGGAUCAUCGCCUUCUUCGUCUCGACCGUUACUUGCCUGACACCUCAGACUCAACCCUAGAUCUCAAAACCAAAAAACAAGGCGGCAGAAUUAACGGCGGAGCAGACAAAAGAUUAAGGAGGUUUUCAUCUCAACCGUUCAAUGCAUCACAAGAUCAGGUGGUCCCGCAGUUUGAGAUGAGAGCGGUUGGUGAUAAAGAUGAGAGAGACCACCUAAAUGUACCUCAUCAGCUAUGACCCAUUGACAUGAUCCAAGAAUUGUGUAAUGUUAAUUGUAGGGUUUUUCGUUUAUAAUUUAUUUCAGUCGUUGUAGUAAAUGCAGCAGUUGUGACUUUGUGGAAAAUGAUUGUGAUGGUGUAGUUGAUUUUUAGGAGGCAAUAUUGGCAUUGAUUUGUUGCCUGAGAACGAUCCAUGAUCAAAUCACCAAAGUGACCCUGUGAUGGGUUGGGUUGGGUUGGGUACCCUUCAAGGAAGAAAGUAGACAAAAGAAUCGAUCAAUAAAUAGUACUCAAUCUUGAUCCUUCCGGCAGCAA